AUGGAAGCAGCAGCACUAGCAGAUGCUUUGCAAGCAGGAGCUGCUGAAAAGGCCUUUCUAGACAACUGGCUGCUUCCCGAGCAGCAGCAGCAGCAGCAGCAGCAGCAGCAGCAGCAGGUGCAGGACGUGGCCGCGCUGCUCUCUGCGCUCACCCCCGACCGCCUCGUCUUAGUG